GUGAUAGGUUGGCGGCGUAUCACUCUCGCGAGGUUCGGCUUCUCCGGGAGGGUGUUCCGCUGAAGUGGAGGCUGCCGGCAGGGAGGCGAUGACAGGGCAGGCAGUCAGUCAGCGGGAGAGUGCGCCAUGAGCCGAUUUAAAGAGGGACAAACGGGCGUUACUUACUGGCAGGAACACGCAGACGGAUCUUUUGUGGAUUAUUUGUAUUUUAGAUUCUGGUCAACUUCCUGUCAAAAGUGUGUCCCACUUCCUACAGUAUCUUUGGGAUCAAUGUUAGCAGGGGAAACAUCUCCACUAAAAAUUCUAUGAACAUGUUACUUGGACUGACGCAGAAACCAUGGCAGUCGCUGUGCAAUUUCUAUUUCCGGAAAUAUGCCUUUGGAGGCAGUCAAGGCCAUUACAUACGCAGAAGCGUUAUGACCAACCCAAGUUUCUGGCAUGGUAUGCGUUUUAACCUACCAAUCAGCACAGACAUCCAGCUACGUUUAUAUUCCUCAGAUGACAAAAAGGAUGGAACCUAUGAGUAUGGUGCCAGCAGUACCUCCGCUUCCUUGGGAAUGGAACCUAGCACUCAACAAAAUUCUAAAAUAGUUGCAGCUCCAGGGUCCAGUGCUUCAAGUCAACCUACUUUGGAGCAAAUCCAAGUGAAAGUUAAAGCUAUUCUGAAGAAGAGAGAUUAUGGGUCCACAUACACUCAAAAUAAUUUCAUCACUGGCGUGCGAGCAUUGAAUGAAUUCUGUUUGAAACCCAGUGAUCUGGAACAAUUAAGGAAGAUUAAACGGCGAAGUCCUCAUGAUGAUACAGAGACGUUUACUGUAUACUUAAGAUCUGAUGUAGAAGCCAAGGCUCUUGAUGUGCAUGGUAGCCUAGAAGCUCUUGCACGGGCAAAAAAACAGCGUCAAAGUGAAGAAAUUGCACAUAAAGAAAAUCUUUUCAGGAAUCAGAAGUUAAUGCAGGAAUAUCGGGAGUUUCUAGGUAACACUAUGCCUCGCUCAACUAAGUCAGCAAAGUUUUUCCAGGGACCAGGAAAAGUUGUAAUGGUUGCAAUCUGCAUCAACGGGCUGAAUUUUAUCUUCAAACUGCUUGCCUGGAUUUAUACAGGGUCUGCAUCGAUGUUCUCGGAAGCUAUACAUUCACUGGCUGACACCUGUAAUCAAGUUUUAUUAGCAGUGGGUGUCAGUCAAUCUGCUAGGACCCCUGAUUCCAGUCAUCCGUAUGGAUUUACAAACAUGCGUUAUAUUGCUUCCCUAAUUAGUGGAGUUGGCAUUUUUAUGAUGGGUGCAGGACUGUCCUGGUACCAUGGAAUUAUUGGACUCAUACAUCCUCAUCAUAUUGAAUCAUUAACAUGGGCAUAUUUCAUCCUGGCUGGUUCACUAGUUUCAGAAGGAGCAACACUCAUAGUUGCAGUAAAUGAACUCCGAAAGAGUGCUCGAGCUAAAGGAAUAACGUUAUAUCAGUAUGUGAUGAAUGGUCAUGAUCCAACCACUAAUGUUGUUUUGCUGGAAGAUGCAGCUGCUGUGUUGGGUGUGUUGUUAGCAGCUAGCUGUAUGGGGCUGACAUCACUUACUGGUAAUCCCUAUUAUGACAGCAUUGGUUCCCUUGGUGUUGGAACACUCUUAGGUGCAGUUUCAACAUUCUUGAUCUACUCAAAUACCGAGGCUCUGAUUGGGCGAUCCAUAAAGCCAGAAAAUGUACAAAGGCUUACUGAACUUCUGGAGAAUGACCCUUCAGUAAGGGCUGUGCAUGACGUAAAGGCUACUGACAUGGGUCUGAGCACAGUAAGAUUUAAAGCAGAGAUCGAUUUUGAUGGAAGAAUAGUGACAAGAUCUUACCUGGAGAAGCAAGACAUUGACGUUGUCUUAAAUGAAAUUCAGCAGGUAAGAACUCCUGAGGACUUGGAAGCAUUUAUGUUGAAACAUGGAGAGAAUAUCAUUGACACACUGGGAGCUGAGGUUGACCGACUAGAGAGUGCACUCAAGCAAAAAUAUCCUGAUGUGCGUCAUGUGGACUUAGAAAUUUUAUAAAUACUCUGAGCUAUGAAGAUGCCUGGCAUAUCUAAUGAAGAGCACUGGGGAUACAGAGAUGAAUAUUACUUGCAGCCAGUACUGUAAUGCUAUUGUGAUUAUUACAAGCUAUUAGCAUUACAUGCUGUUAUGACUCUAGUGCUUUAAGACAUUGCACAGUUAAAAUAUGUAAGAUUGACAGACUUCAGAAUUGCAGUGCUAUGGAGUGAUCUUCUGUUAUGGGGCUUCCAUAUGGCUGAAGAAGUAGUUUUAAUAUUAUAUACUAGCAGGACAACUAUUUUGAGUUAAUGGAAUGUUAUCAGAAUGCCUGUUCUAAAAUGGUGGGAGGUUAACAACUUUGUUUUCAAGUUGGAUGAUUGUAUAACUUUCUAUUGAAACAUUUUAGUUGUUUUUGUUGACUUAUGUAAGUUAUAUACUGAAAAAUCUCCCAAAUUCAAUCUGUAUACUAUUCAGACUGUCUAUUUGAUAAUGUUCAUCCUUGACGUAAUAGCAGAAGAAGUAAAAGUUAACUGCAAAUAAACCUUAUUUAUGGAUCCAUUGAAUUUACUGGUCCCAUAACUGAAUAUCCAAACUAAAAUUAAUGUUGUUUUAAUCAAGAUUUUUAAUCAUAUGCAUGGAAAAUUUUAAUUUGAAAUUGGAAGGACUUUUUGAAAGAAAAUAUUUUUAUUAAGUUUAAAGUGUUAAUAUGCCAAACAAAUGGAAUUAGAUCAUGUUUUAUUAAUUUAGUUAUACAUUUAUUAAAUGACAAAAGACUUCACCACAUAAAAUUAGAAACCCACAAGUUAACUUGCUUUGAAAUUGAUUAAACCAAAGUGUAUUUAUGUAGCAGUCAUAUUGGUAGUUCAACAGCUGUGCUUUACAGAAGAAGGUAGAAUUUGUGAUUUUACCCUUUAGUUUCGUAUUAUUUCAUCCUUCCACCAAAAUGAGUAUAGUUUUAUGAACUAUUAGGAAAAUAAAGGUGCAGGCAUUUAAAUUAAAAAUAACUUGAUAAUUUAAAUUAUGUAACUUUUAUUUGUGGGAUGAAUGCACAUUAUUUGUCAUUUGAGUCCAGAGUGAUAUUGCUACAAGCAUAUAGCCAUCUGUAACAUUGAAAAAUAACUAGAAUACACUAAAAUUUACAAAUGCUGUCAGAGCAUGGAAGACAAUGCUUUUGAAGUUACUUUUUGUGUUUUAUUUCGUUAACUUAAAUUGAGAAAUAAAUGUUUAACACAAUUAGGUGGUUUGCUGAAAACCUUUCCUAUGGCUCUUAGGCAAAAAAAAAACCUGUCUGCUAGUUGGCUAAGGGUCCUAAAUAAAAAAAAAGUAGACCGUUUCUAAUGUUUGUGCUUCCAAUUUAUCAGUGAAUUUUGACACAAUGUGCUGAAAUAAUCACAGGAUAGUUGUCAUGGAAAGUUUACAAGAAAUGAUACUCCUUGAAGUAGGAAUUCUGGUCUGGAAUUCAGGGUCAUUAUUCUGGCAGUGAUGAAACUAUACCUUGUAGUCAAAUCUGGUAAUACUGUCGUUGGAAAUUUAAACUAAGUUCUUCAAUAAUAGUAUCCCUCACAUUUAGCCCACAAUAGAUUGGAAGUUUUUAUAUCUAGUCUUCACCAAAUAUUCUAUAGUAUUUUUUAAUUAGAUUGAGAAAUUACUUUUUUCAAGCAUUGUCAUUUUUUGUGAAAUGCUAUUAUAAUGUUUUUGCUUUCUUUAAAUUUGUCCAGUUUAGACUGGCAGAAGAAUUGUAUUACUAAAAAUAAUGGACUUCUGUUGAAUGUUAAUUAUUUUUGUUCUACAUAAUGUAGAGGAAUAAUUUUCUUUAAAUUUUUAUACUUUAAAUUUAGCAGAUAAAUUUGAAUGAUUCAGAAAAUGUGUUUAUUUCUGGAAAAAGAAGAGCAUUCUCUCUUUUACUGUGGAGUAUAAAUAUUGGCUUUCCCUUUAAAUUGGUAUUUCUGUCCUGAUCCGUGCAUGAAGGAAAGCUUUGACAAAAUGUCAUCUUUCAGCAAUACUCAUUUAAUAAUCAGUUAACUUAUUUCAUAUUCUCAAGAAAUGAAGUCCAACUGGGAGGUUUUUUGAGGAGGGUAAUGGUUGGGGAAGACACGACCUAAUGCAAAUAUCUUAAUCUAUUUAUCUAAGCUUGUACAUCUUGUCCAUCUUCUCCUACAGUUUCUUUUAGAGUCAGACUGAUUUUCAGUGUUAUAUUUUAGAAGUAUGCCUGUUUGUGAAAUUAAUUUAUUUAAGGAUCUUGGUAUGGAAUCCUUUGCCUUUUCAAGCAGUAAUGCAGUUUAUUCUUUUUUUACUGAUAAAUGUACUUAUUCUGACAAACCCUUUGUUCCUUAUUAAAUUGUAAUUUCAUUAUGCAUUACCAAAUUGGGUUUUGUAGGAUUCAAAGAUCCAGAGUGCAAAAUAUGAAUAAAUAAUUUUAAGCUAAAAAA